CCUUAAUGUUAUUAGGGUGCCUGUUUAUAUUAUAGCAAUGGCAGAAAGCAAGGAUGAAAUCCUCUCUCCUGACAAUUCUGACGACCAGAUAAAGUUCAGAGAUCCUUUGAUAAGUGGAUUUGAUGCUAGUGAUGGCGAAAUGGAGAGCUUAAGUUUAGAUGCAUCAGCGAAAUCAGAACCCAGUGUUUCUAGAAGUUCAAGUUUGAUGGCAAAUCUUAGUCGCUAUGACGAUUGUAUGGAUGAUGAAACAAGAGACUUAUUUGUAGUUGUGGAUGAUCCAGAAAAACAUACAAGUACACUGGAGGCAUAUGUGACCUUUAGGAUAACAAUAAAAACAACAAGAUGUGAAUUUGAUGACAGUCAGUACCAGGUCCGUCGGAGAUACAAUGACUUCCUUUGGCUGAGACAAAGACUUGAGGAGACGUAUCCUACUCAUCUUGUACCUCCCCUUCCAGAGAAACAUAGUCUACGUAGACUUGACAGGUUUAGUCCAGAAUUCCUGAAAGUUCGACAGCAGGCGUUACAAAAAUUUCUCACUCGAUUGGCAGAUCAUCCUGUUCUUUCUUUUGAUAAGAAUUUCCAAGUAUUCCUGACAGCAAAAGCAUGGGAGUUUCAAGCCCAUAAAAAGCAUGGGACCGGUAUCCUUACCAGAAUGUCAGAUUCCAUUCACAACAUUAGUGCUUCUUACAUGAUGAAAAAUCGAAGUCCAGAAUUCACUAUGGUAUAUGAGUAUGUACAAAAUUUUGCUGAGAAGCUCAGUGUCAUAGAUCGCAUAUCACAGAGGAUUGUCAAGGAACAGACAGAUUAUGUGCUUGAGUUGUGUGAGUGGGGACCUAUCUAUACACUGUGGUCAAACUCUGAAGACCAGCUGACAUGCCCACUGCUUGCCAUGUCCAGAGCUGUGGACAUUUGUGCCCAGACCCUUAAGGAAACAAUUGAAUCAACAGAAGAUAAUUUUUCACAGCCCUUAAAGGAAUACAUCUUGUACACAGAUGCUAUAAAAGCAGUUUUGAGGAGAAGAGAUGCAAUACAAAUGGAAUAUGAGUCAACGAUUGAUGAGCUCAACCGGAGGAAGGAUGAGCGUGAACAUGUUAAAAUAUCUGACCAGACUUACUCUAUUGGUGCCUUCCUUGGCAAAGAUCCCGAGGAUGUCAAACAGCAGAAGCAAAACCGAGUGGAUCAGCAGAUUGAAGAGCUAACCAAGAAGAUGGAGGUACUAAAUGAUAAGACUGUGUGUGCUGACACAGACCUCCGGGUGGACAUGGAACGAUGGCACAAAAAUAAACAAAAGGAUCUCAAAGAAAUCUUCAUAGAAGCUGCUGACAGACAGAUUCUGUAUUAUGAAAAGUGUCUGAAGGCUUGGGAGGAUGCAAUUAGAGCCAUUCAAGCUAAGGAUAUUUCUCAGGAAGUUCCAGCGUCACAGCUGACAGAGAUUUCACCUAACAACACAUCAUCUGAAGAUCGCGGGGACACAAUGGAAGACUCCAGCACAACCAGUGGUCCUAACGAAGGGGGUAGUGGCUCCAUCAGCGAACCGUCGGUGUGAACAGAGGCGGGUUGACAAUAAGACUUCAACAAAUUGUUCAUGUGUACUCGUGACUUAAUACUGUGAGGUCAAUUCAGGUAGAUUGUGAUAUUGUAGGAUCUAGUCGAAUUGCCCUGAUUUUUAACCUCCUAUUGUAUGACACACAAAAAUUUCUAGAUACAAGUAGGCUUUAGACUUGAAAUUGACCUCUGUCUCAAGUUUUUUCAUCGUAUAGAGAAACUUAUUUGCAGGUUGUAACUCAUGUAUAGUUGUAAAAUGUAAGUGUGCAUUAAUCAGUAUUCCAUGACAUGUAAAAUUGAUUGCACAUUUGUAUGUACCAAAGUUUGUAACAAGAACCAGGUUUUCUUACAAAAUCAAACUGUGAUUUAAUCGUUACGUAGGUCCUUCAUGUGUAGAAGAACUCUUAGGCUUGUCAGUAGUAUACUCAUAGUAUGUACAUGUAUUUACAAUUCCUAAGUUUUAUGUAACAGAUGAAUUGAUUUGGAGCAUAUCUGUGUUACAUUUUUUUAAAAGAGGAAAUGAAUGGAAUCCGAUUUUAACUUUGUGCUACACAUUCCAUAUAUAUUGUAUUGGUUGGUAUGUACACCGUGUUCUGUGUAUGUGUACAUGGUAGGUUUCAAAACCCUGAAAGUGUUACUAGGUUUCCCCCAACUCUUGUUGUUGAUUAUAAAAUAUACAACAUUUCAAGAAAAUAUUUACAACUAGCUUAGAACUACAGCUGUCAACCCAAUUGAAAUAUACAUGUACAUAUAGAUACACAAGUGCAUACACUAAUUUUUUUAUGUCUAUCUUUAGAUGGGAUGCAUGGUGGAACAAUGAUGUCUGUCUGUUUGUCCGUCCGGUUUUUCUUCACUGUUUUCCUUUAUGUUACACACAUUGUGUACCUUCUUUGUGAAAAACUUUAAAUUGUGUUCAUCUUGUGUUCACCCCUUGUAUUGUAAAAGUUAUGCCCCUUUAUGCAAAAAACAGAAAGAAAGAUUACGUGUUGAGAGAGCAUGGCUUGUCCAUCUAACUUCCCUCGCCGGUAAGACCAUCUUAGUUCACACUGUGUCUGGGAAUUGAAGAUAUGCAUAUGACAUUUGGUUUUCUUUUAAUUUCAUGGAAAUUUUUUGUAGGUUGCUGCACCUAGGCAGAUUUUUUAAAUUUUUGUACAAGGAGCAUAGGUUGUCCUUUCACAGGAUUUAAGCUAUGGUUGUAUGAAUUCUCAGUUUUACAUGGAUAUCAAUCUGAUUAACAUGGAUAUGUGCAUAUUACAUGGAUUUGGACUUGGAAACUGCAGGUUGUUAAAUGUGGGAAAUGUCUUUGGAAUUUUUUUUAAAACUUUCAUACAUAGCAUAUCUAAAGUUAAUAUGUCAUUAAUUUAUUCGCUGAUAAAUUAAAAAUUUAUGUUACUUUUUUAAAAACUAUAUUAUACUAGAUACUGUAACCAACUUUUAUUUGUUACGACUUUACCAGUGAUAAACUGGGGACUGAUUUUCGGGACAGAGAUAAUAUUACACAAAUAUAAGAUACAUUAAAGGACUGGUUAACGAUGAGAAAUAUUCACAAUGACAAAGUUCUCAAGAACUGUUUGAAAAUUUCUCGCAUACAAUUAAAAAUUAGUUUACAUUAUACAGCAUCAUGGCUUUGAACUGAAAUACAAUUUUAAUUAUCAAGGAAUUUCACAAUUUUUUCAAAGUUAUUUUCUGAGUGGAUUUAAUUGUGAGCACUUCUCUCCGUUGGCAUUUGGAUUUUUUUUUUUUUUUUUUUUUUUUUUUAUACAUAAAAUUCACAUUUAUUGAAUGUUAUGAAUAAUGGAUUGAUACACUGACUUUUAAACUGUCUCUAAAAAAUCUGGAUAUGAAGACAGAUGUUUUUGGUACUAUUGGUGGUUUUCUUGAAAUCAGGGUAGAGUCCCCAAGAUGAAAUUGGCCUAUUAGAGCUGUUAAAGAAUCAAUUAGCUUUCCAAGCCAAUAUCCUUGGUCCAUAUAGCUCUAAAUAAUACAGUGUUAUUUUGCUGUAAAUUCAAUUCAAGGUCAUGUGUGUUUCACAAAGAAGUAGAAUAGUUUUUAAGUGCAUUAAUGGUAAAGUGAACAACUAAUAUGUGUUGAUUGAAGUUGGCCAUUAUGUUAAUGAAAGUUUUCAGGAUUCUGAAAUUGAUUUUUACUUAUGCUUCAUGUUGAUUUUCUAAAUGAAUAAGAAAGAUCAUCCUGUUUUCAAAUAAACAAUUAAAUUGUUAAUGGUAAAACUUAGAGAGAAAAAAAUGAAUUUGAUCAGAACAAGUAGUUUUAAUUGUCUAAUGUGUAUAGACUACUUGUAUUUGUUGUAAUUACCAGUACAAAGAGUUAUAAUCAAAACAUUUAUACCGUUAUACGCUAUAUAUACGAGAAUCAUUUGUUUUCUUCUAUAUUUUACUACCUACGUGAUCAUUUACCAGAACCCGAGUCAUUUUCAAAAAUCAUGAUGAACCUUGGUGAUUUAUUGAAUUUCAUGCAUUUUUAUAACCUUUGUAGAACAUGCUUUUUAUCCACAAUAGACAGGUACAAUGUGUAUUAGAGCAAGUUUUAUACAGUAGCAUCCUCUUAAUGUGAUGUCUUAUUUUCCUAGAAAAGUCCCCAAAAGGCCACUUCCAUCUUCACAAGUCAAGGGUUAUUGAUUCGUUACCAAGCGAAGCAAUGAAUCAAUAAGACGGACCUCUUCAUGUACACAAAAUUAAGGUCAUAAAGCAUUUCAAGAACAGCGAUUAGAGGUGUAAAAAAAAUAAUUUGAUAGGAUUGCAUUUUCCUGGUAGCUUGUGUUUUAGUGCAUUGGGGCAUUAUUAAUCCUGUUUUUAGGCCAUUUCAGUGGCCAUUAUGUAUGCACAACAGGUAAUUAGUGAUUUUCACCUCUGAAGACAGUGUAGAUGUGUGAAGUAAAAUGUGGACAGUAUUUUGACAUCAUAAUAAAGAGGUUUUGGAUCAGGAGGCAUCAUAAUAAUAAGGUUUACAUUAAUUUAUUAAGAAAUGGUUUUGUGUUUUGAAAAAAAUAUCACAAUAUACCACAAAAUCAUAUUAAACGAUGAUCUCAUUAAGGGGGUUCUACUGUUCUACCCACUGUUAACAUACACAGCUGUCAAAUGUUAAAGUAUUUCAAUGCUAAAAGAAGAGUGAAAUGGACAUAUACUGUACAGGUGGUUAAUUCAUUGUUUUAUGUAGGUGGUAUUUAAUUCAACGCUGUUUUCCGAAAGCUCCACAUAAAUACAAUAAUUGUCUUUUUGGAUACAAUUUGUAUAAUCAGAAUUGUAAGGUUGUUUUGUACUUUAGAGAGAUUUUUUUUGUUACAAGAUUUUUUUCUUUCAAGUUUAUAGCAUUUAAGACUUCCAUGUGUUUGGUGUUUAUCUCUCCUUCCACUGUCGGUAAUGCGGACGCAAUUUUCAGGCAUUGUUUUUACAAAAUUCUCCAGCAUUUUAAAGUGUCUAUCAUCUUCUAAGUAUUAAAAUUGUUCGCUCCUGUAGUGUUCCAAAACAUGAAAAUGAAAUUCAAAAGUAUGAACAGAACCCAUCAUCAAUCACGCUUCACUAAACUCACUUAAUGAGUGAGUGUAGUGAAGCAUGACCAGCAUUGAGUUUCUGACGAUGACAUCACAGGAGAGAAUUUCAGCAUAGGAUAUACAAUAUGAUAUUAUGGUCAUUUUAAUUGAUGUAAAGUAAAUACAGUUUGGAAAGGAAGAAAGAGUGUUAAUUUGUACUUGUAUAUAUAAUGUGAUAAAAUUACAUAAUUGUAAAAAUUACAGUAAAGCUUAAUUACAGAAUCCCUAUAAUUGGAUGCAUUUAAAUGCCGACUUUCUUAAUCAUGUACUCGCUUGUUUACAGUCAAGUAAUUUCACUGUAUGAGGUGUCAGAUUUUUAUAUACUUCUAUCAGUAUUUGAUUAACUACUGUAAUACACAUGUAUUGCUGUUUUCUAGUUCUAAAACAGAGGAGAGCAAAUUUCCUUUGACUUGUCAGGUGUCAAAAAAAGAAUGUCAAAGUAAAAGACUUGAAGGUGAAUUGAUGAAGUAUAAAAGCUUGUAAAUUGUAAUGUAAAUUAAGGUACUGUAGAUAGGUUUUAUUUUGCGAGACUUUAUUUUCGCAUUGAUACAAUGCUGUAUUUAUUGAUCAAUGAGACAUAACUUUCUUAGAUCACUAUAUUUAUUGCUUAAGUUUUCCAGGGCUUGAAGCUAACUUUUUAGGUCACCAGUCCAGCCAGACUGAUGGGGUAUAAUUUCAACCAGUCCGCAGAAAAAUUUACCAGUCCAACAGAGUUUUCGAGAAAUAAUUAAACAUAUUUUGUUAAUGUUGUUUAAAAGAAAUUUAACUCAGUAUGCCUCAGACAAUAUUGUAACACUUAAAUGUAGGAUAUAAAACAUCAAAGCAUGCCAAAUGUGUGUAUAAAAUAUCAUAAGUAUAUUUUCCAAAAUGAUGCUUUAGAAAAAUUAACCUGUCCCAUCGGACUGACUAAAACAAAUGUCAGUCAGUCCGCCAGGCUUUUAACCAGUCACGGGCUGAUGAGCAUAUGUUAAUUUCAAGCUCUGUCUUCUAUAUAUAAGAGUUUUUUGUGAGAACUAAAUUUUCGUGAAUGGUUACUCUCGCGAAAUUAUGUGUAAAUAAUGUUCUCGUGAAUAAAAUGUGAUUUACAGUACUUUCGAGAAUGUGAAAUGCGUCCAACGUAUUCUCUGUGUCGGUUCCACAUAGAAAUGGUUUGUUUCUGAGACAACACUGGACACCUUGUUGGUUAUUGAACUCUUAGAAUGUGCAUGUAACAUUGCCAAAUGUUAACUGUGCUGUAUCUGUGCAAUAUUGUAGUUAUUUAAUCAACGAUGUUGUUUUUGAUGAAUAAAGUGUUAAACACGGUU